AUGGCCCGCACCAAGACCCAUGGCAAGGCGGCCAUUGCCUUCGAUCCACCUGAAGACACGACGCCCGCGGAGAAGUCGGUGGCCAAGGUGCGCGCCAAGAAGACGUCCUUGGCGGCAGUCGCGGCCGAGAAGAAGCCGUUGGUGAAAGUGAUCAAAGUGCCCGGGCGAGUGCAGAUCACUCCUCACGCAGCAGACGCAUCUGCGCUCGCGCUCUUCUCCCAGUUUCAAGAUGCUAGCAACUUAUCGUGGCCCCGGAUUGGCGAGAUCUGGAGGGCCACGAAGCUGGCCCAAGGCACGGGUUCUGAGUUGCCGGAGCUCUGCAUCUACAAGGUCCUCGAGCACUGGGUCCUCUUCCUCUUCAACCGCUCGAGCCCGCGCUCGAAGAACAGCGAGAACGUGCUGUCGCAAGGAACGGCCGACAACUAUCUUUCCCAGAUCGAAAAGAACAUCAAGCACCGCUUUGCGGCUACGGACCUAAGCGCCGAGCGCUGCACGUCCAUUCGCAAUCAGUUGACGCGCUGCUUCACGGAGCGCGCGACGCAGUUGAAGAUCGUCUCGCACCAGGCGCCGGCAAUGACUGUCAACGACAUGACGAUCCUCGGCGACACGAAGUCCAUCCACGUAGCGUGUACCUUGUCCAUUCUCUGGCAUCUCUUGGGUCGUGUUGUUGAUUCGGCCCGGCUGACACGCAACCAGCUGUGCGUCAUGAGCGACGGCGCCAUAUUUGUCAACUUGGCGCGACUCACGACGUCGUCGCUACAAGGGGUGUCGCUGUACCCACACAAGAACGAGCCGUUCCUCUGCCCGUUCUUGGCCUUUGCCGUCUUGCUCGUGACGUCUGGUCCCAGCGCAUGGUGCAUCGCGCUCGCCACGUCGCAGGCUGUCGUCCACCAGCCACCUCGCGAAGUCGGCGCGAUUUCGCAGCUCGAGGCUUCGCUGUUCGGCGUCGCCGACGAUCUUGAUGACACGCCCGACAUGGCAGCUCGCAAGCGUCCGUCGGUUGUGCAGCUCCUCAACCAUGAGCUCAAGGAGCUGGAGGCCGAGUACAAGGAAUCGGGGACGACUUUGCAAGACGACCAGGAGAUUGCUCGACGCCUCGCUGGCUGGGACCUGGACGACGUCGUGACGCCUCCGUCGCUGGAUGUGCUCAAGGCGUCGUACAGCAAAGAGGGCCAGGCACGCCUGCUCGUGUUUCAAGAGCUUGCCUUCUCGAACGCACGUAGCUUCAAGGGUGACGCUGACAAGUGCAACGUGUCGGACGCGGUCUGCAACUCGCUGUUUGCGACGCUCCUCAUGCACCUCCCCAUGCUGCACGCGCUCAACCCAAAGUCGGUGUUGAACAUCCAGAUUAAUCGUGCUAUCCAGGAGUCCAGAUGCACACUCGAGUUCUUGACGGAAGCGUCCCACAAGAUUCGCAGCAAGUUCCACUCGACCGUGCCUAUGCACGAGUGCAAGACGGACAACAUUGCGAUGCUACUGCGCGAGAUGUCCUCGCAGUUUGCCUCGUUCAACUCCAAGAUCGACCAGCUGCAGCGUGAGGUUCGUGACCUGCGGGUCGGCCAAGUGCCACCAGAUAGUAGCGAGGCGACCGCACGUGCGGAGCCGUCGGUCGCCGCCUACAACUCGAACUGGCCCGUGGUCAACGUCGGCACAUGAAGACAACCAGUCGCAAGAUUCUCAGCAUCGCCGAGAUGAUCGAGAUGAUGCUUCAUUCCCAGAGAUCACUAAUACUAAUAAGCGUUGUCCGAG